AUGUCGGUUCUUGGGAGGCGCGGAGCUCUGAGUCUCCGCGAAUUGACCUUGUCAACACCUGUUACGGUAGUAAGCUGUCGCACGCGGUCUUUCUCCGUGAACAAUCGCCCGCCGCCAAAGUAUCCCGGCCAUGUCCCGUUGAACUUCGUCGAGCGUGGUGCUCUAGCUGUUGGGUCUGCUGUAGGAGCUUUGCUGAACCCUCGGAGAGCAGAUCUCAUCGCAGCCUGCGGAGAAGCAACUGCAACUCCCUACUUCAUCUACCGUCUCCGUGACGCCAUGCUCUCGGACCCAACCGGCCGUCAGAUCCUCCGCGAACGUCCGCGCAUCACCUCCGAAACCCUCCGCCUACCAUACCUCCGCUCUCUUCCCGAGAACUCCGUCGGUCGCACCUAUGCCGCCUGGCUCGACCGCGAAGGCGUCUCCCCCGAUACCCGCGACAACGUCCAGUACAUUGACGACGAGGAAUGCGCAUACGUUAUGCAGCGCUACCGGGAGUGCCACGACUUCUAUCACGCAGUGACGGGCCUGCCAACCUUCGUUGAGGGGGAGAUAGCGCUGAAGGCGUUCGAGUUUCUAAAUACGCUUAUUCCCAUGACCGGGUUGAGUAUGUUUGCUGCUGUGAGAUUGAAGCCUGCGGAACGGGAGCGGUUCUUUGCAUUGUGGUUACCAUGGGCGGUCAAGAGUGGGCUUAAGAGUAAGGAGUUGAUUAAUGUUUAUUGGGAGAAGAUUUUGGAGAAGGAUGUGGAUGAGUUACGGAGUGAGUUGGGUAUUGAGAAGCCCCCCGACAUGAGGGAGAUCAGGCGCAUGAUUCGGGAGCAGAAAAAGCGGGAGAAGGAGAGGUUGCAGCAGAGUCCAUAG